AUGGACUCUAUGCGCGAUGGGAAGUCCAGCGAUGCCGACUCGAAGGUCGAGCACGCCACCCCUGGAUACGGACACGAACGCAGCGACCAGGCCGUUCACAAUGUCGAGGAGGAGGACAAUCCCAAUGUUCAUCAAAGCAUGAACCCUCGUCUCUUCGUUUCACUCCUGGCCAUGUCGUUCCUGUGGAUCGGCUCGCAAAUCCCGCUCUUCCUCUUCGGCGGCGUCCUGCCAGAUAUCUACUCGGAGAUAGGCGGCGUCGACCGCUGGCUAUGGAUGGUGAUCGGCUACCUGAUCCCCAACGCCGCUCUAUGCCCGUUCGUGGGCGCGCUCUCAGACAUGUUUGGACGACGGGUCAUUGCGGCCAUUGGGCAGACUCUUCUGAUCAUUGGACCCAUUGUCACAUCGACUGCCGACACGAUGAACACUGCCAUAGGCGGGCAAGUGAUCUCUGGGUUGGGUGCGGGACUGAAUGAACUUAUCGCUCUCGCCGGUACAGCAGAAAUGGUUCCCAUCCGGAAGCGAGGCGCGUACAUCGGCGGAGUCGUCUUCACAAUUCUGCCUUUCUGUCCCUCGGUGCUCUGGGCCAAACUCAUUACCGAAGCUUCCACAUGGCGAUAUGUCGGUCUCCUUGUAGGACUCUGGAACUUCAUCGGUCUCAUCCUCUGCGUUGUCUUCUAUAGAGACCCGGCCUCGAUGCUGCCUUCCCGCCCGAAAAAAGAGAUUCUCCGCGAGGUCGACUAUGUGGGCGGCCUCCUAAGCACGUUCGGCAUCACUAUGUUCAUGCUGGGGUUACAAUGGGGGGCAUCCCAAUAUGCAUGGGGCAGUGCUCAUGUCCUAGCGCCGUUCAUAAUCGGCAUCGCCCUCAUCAUUUGCUUCUUCGUGUGGGAAAUUCGGUUCGCCAAGUUCCCCAUGGCUCCCCCUGCUCUGUUUAGCAAACACAAACGGACGAUGACAGCAAUCCUCCUGAUCACGUUCUUUAGCGGCGCCAACUUCUUCGUCCUACUUCUCUUCUGGCCGACCCAAGUGUACAAUGUCUACGGUAACGAACCAGUCCAGAUUGGCAUUCGGUCCUUGCCUAUAGGCUUCGGGAUUAUCAUCGGGGCCGCUGCCGCGCUCAUCUGUAUCCCCAUCCUAAAAGGCCGCACUACCUACCUCAUGAUCUUCUCUACGGUCCUGAUGACAGCCGGGACGGGUGCAAUGUCGGUGGCCAGGACCGAUAACCUUCCCACUGUCUACGGUGUGGUGACUGUGGCCUCUCUCGGCGUGGGUGCAGUGAUUAUACCCUGCUCCAUAGUGGCCCAGCUCGCAUGCCCCCACCACCUUAUUGGCACCAUCACGGCCAUCACACUCAGCAUUCGCUACGUCGGUGGCGCGAUCGGCUUCACUGCUUACUAUAACAUCUUCUACCACGAGUUUGAGCAGUACGCUACUGACAUCGUAGCUCCUGCCAUCGUCCUCAAUGGCAUCGCCCCCGAGACCGAAGUGGAGCUUAUCACCGGCAUGAUCGGAUUGGCUGGCACCGCGCAGUUCGAUGCGCUCAGAGCACUGAUUGCUUCAGUGCCAACUGUCCCCGAGCAGCUGCAGGGUGAACCGGCUUUCGAUAUUGUUGUUGGCGCUACACAGGAAGCUUUUGCACUGGCUUAUCGGUACCCGUAA